UCGGUCCUCCCGCACCACCGAGCGGCGCCGAGCGGCUUCACACCACUUCCGGCCGCCGACCGGAAGUCCCUUCCUUUCCCAUCACUCCUUGCGCUCCUCCUUCUUCCUCCAGCCUCCGCUGCCGUCAUGGGUAUCGAUAUCCGCCAUAACCGCGACCGGAAGGUGCGGCGCCGGGAGCCCAAGAGCCAGGACAUCUACCUGCGGCUGCUCGUGAAGCUUUACCGCUUCCUGGCGCGACGGACCAACUCGGCCUUUAACAAAGUGGUUUUAAAGCGGCUCUUUAUGAGCCGCACGAACCGGCCCCCGCUGUCCCUGUCCCGCAUGAUCCGGAUGAUGAAGAAGCCGGGGCGGGAGGACAAGACGGCCGUGGUGGUGGGCACCGUCACCGACGACAUCCGCAUCCAGGACGUGCCCAAGCUCAAGCUGUGCGCGCUGCGGGUGACGCGGGGGGCGCGGAGCCGCAUCCUGCGGGCGGGGGGGUCCAUCCUCACCUUCGACCAACUGGCCAUGGCCACCCCCAAGGGCAAAGGCACCGUGUUACUGUCCGGACCCCGCAAGGCCCGGGAGGUCUAUCGGCACUUUGGGAAGGCGCCGGGGACCCCCCACAGCCACACCAAGCCCUACGUGCGCUCCAAGGGGCGGAAGUUCGAGCGGGCGCGGGGCCGCCGGGCGAGUCGGGGCUACAAGAACUGAGCCCCCAAUAAACGGCUCUGCCCCCC